AUGUUUGGGACCGGUCAGGUGGGACCAAGACCUCCCACGAUGAGCUCACCGUUGCAUAAUCAUUAUGGCUACCAGUCCCCGAGAUCUAGUGAGCUUGGUCGUUCUAGACAGAAUUCAGAUGCCAUGGAUAUCCAGACCAUCACUGAAAGAGAAGCGUCGGGACGGAAUGCGACUGCUAGUGGGUCCUGGAAUCCGAAUGGGUCUCCCUGUAUGAGCCCGACAUGUAGCAAGCGUUUAUAUAUGUUACCGUGCGAUGAGCAAGAGCAGGAUCGCCUUGAUAUAUUUCACAAACUAUUCACGGUAGCUCGCGUAUCGGACGGACUGAUCUACGCUCCGCAUCCGACGGGUGGACGAUUCUUGGAUCUCGGCUGUGGAACGGGGAUCUGGGCAAUCGAGGUGGCCAAUAAGUAUCCAGAUGCCUUUGUUGUUGGCGUGGAUCUGGCGCCCAUACAGCCCCCCAAUCAACCGAAGAACUGCGAGUUUUAUGCGCCGUUCGAUUUCGAGAGCCGAUGGGCGUUGGGGGAGGAUUCCUGGGAUCUCAUCCAUCUGCAAAUGGGCUGUGGUAGCGUCACAGGUUGGCCAAAUAUGUACCGGAAGGUCUUUGCCCAUCUUCGCCCGGGUGCCUGGUUUGAGCAGGUGGAAAUUGACUUUGAGCCGCGGUGUGAUGAUCGGUCCCUGGACGGGUUGGCUAUACGGCACUGGUACCAAUAUCUGAAGCAAGCUACGGCGGAGACCAUGCGACCGAUUGCCCACAACUCUCGCGACACCAUUCGAGAUUUGCAGGAGGCUGGGUUUACAGAAAUCGAUCACCAAAUUGUUGGGCUCCCGCUUAACCCUUGGCACCAAGAUGAACACGAGAGGAAGGUGGCGCGAUGGUACCAUCUCGCCAUUUCAGAAAGUAUCGAGAAUCUCAGUUUGGCACCGUUUAGCCGUGUAUUUGGGUGGCCAUUGGAAAAGAUCCAGCAGAUGGCUGCUGAUGUCAAGUCGGAGGCCUUUAACAAGGAGAUCCACGCAUAUAACAUCCUACAUAUUUACCAAGCGCGGAAACCUUUGAAAUAA